UCGUGUUACGGGAGACUCCAACCCGAGACAUCUGCUCCGCUGCUAACAACGGAGCGCGUCCCCGCGACCCAGACCUCCUCCUCCUCCUCCUCCUCCUGCUGCCCUCUACCCCACAAUAGUGCUCUCUCCGUUACUCGUGUUAACUCGGUGAUCAUGAGGAGCCACGGUGCAUGUGCCCUCCACCUUUUCCGGCUGUAGUUCACCCCCCGGCAGGAGUGCGCGCCUGCUCCAUCCCUCCCGUGCGUCCGAGCGGAGAGCAGCGGCCCCCCCGGUGCCACCGAGCAGCACAUUUCUUUUUGUCUGUGCGCUCCGCAGGCUGCAGGCUGCGGGCUGACGCUGAUCAUCCUCUCCGCUGACCUGACGUCUUUACGGGAGAGGACGAGGAAGAGCGCAGGGACGAAAACAACGCAUCCCGAUGUCUGAUGUUUUGAAAACGCUCCAAUAAGCGGAUUUCUCCUCUGAUUUCUCUCUUUCUGCGCGCUUUUGUGUUUGUUUUGUACACCAUGGAGUCGGUGGAGAAGGAGUGUGGAGCGCUGGGUGGAUUAUUCCAGGCCAUCGUGAACGACAUGAAGAGCUCGUACCCGGUGUGGGAAGACUUCAGUGCCAAGGCCACAAAGCUGCACUCUCAGCUCAGGACCACCAUUCUGGCAUCUGUGGCCUUUUUAGAUGCCUUUCAGAAGGUGGCAGACAUGGCGACCAACUCCAGAGGUGCCACCAGGGACGUCGGCUCAGCUCUGACGAGGAUGUGUAUGCGCCACCGCAGCAUUGAAGCAAAAUUACGCCACUUCACCAACGUUCUUAUGGAAGGUCUGGUGACGCCGCUCCAGGACAGGAUAGAGGAGUGGAAGAAGACGGCGAAUCAGCUGGACAAAGACCAUGCCAAAGAAUACAAGCGGUCUCGCCAGGAAAUCAAAAGGAAGUCAUUAGAUACGCUCAAACUCCAGAAAAAAGCAAGAAAAGAGCUUCUAGGCCGGGGUAACUUGCGCCCCCAGCUGGACAGUGCCAUGCAGGAUGUGACCGACCUGUACCUGCUGAUGGAGGAGACGGAGAAGCAGGCGGUGCGCAGAGCCCUCCUGGAAGAGAGGGGGCGCUACUGUACAUUCAUCAACCUGCUGCAGCCUGUGGUGAACGUAGAGAUCGCCAUGCUGGGAGAGAUAACGCAUUUACAGGCGAUUGUUGAUGACCUCACGGUGCUGACUGAAGACCCACACAAGCUGCCACCAGCCAGUGAGCAGGUGAUCCGGGACCUGAAAGGUUCAGACUUCAGCUGGUCCUACCAGACCCCCCCUUCCUCCCCCAGCAGCACCGGCUCCAGGAAGAGCAGCAUGUGCAGUCUCCUUCAGAUGCCCUCUGCAGGAGCCCAUCGGCUCAGCAGCGUCUCCUCCCACGACUCAGGCUUCGUCUCCCAGGACGCCAACACCCACUCCAAGCCUCCGUCACCCAUGCCCUCUGACAUCGCCAGCCAGGUAGCAGCCACAAACACGCUGACUCACUUAUCACGGGGAAACAAGAAAUCAACUAGCUCUGCCUCCUCGGAGGCUUCAGAAACCUGCCAGUCUGUCAGUGAGUGCAACUCUCCUACAGCGUUUGGCUCAUGCUCAUCCUUCGGUACCUUUCGCCCUGCUUUCUCUCACACUGGCACCAUCAGGCCUCUCUCUGUCAUACUUCCUGCGUCCCCCACAUUUAACCACUCCCCUGGAUCCAACACCCCCUCACCCACAUCAAAGGGUCCUAGCUGGAAGGACUGGGCCAAAUCGAGUUCCUGUGAGCCGUCGUUGGCGAGCACUUUGCAUCGCAGGAGGGAGUCUAUGGAGAAGAUGAGAGAACUUGAAACUCCGCCUAGUCCACUGGGGUAUUCUGGGAUGCAACCAGAUGAUCCCUACCGAGCAAGAAUUGGCACAGGACCCAUCGCAGCAAAGCAUGGCGAGCCGCUCUCUCCAGCAGCCAGCACUCUGGCGAUGGUCCUGACCAGAGGCCUGAGUAUGGAGCAGCAGAAGAGCAGCAGGGACUCUCUGCAGUACUCCAGCGGCUACAGCACCCAGACCAACACCCCCUCCUGCUCUGAGGACACCAUCCCCUCACAAGGUUCCGAUUAUGAGUGCUACUCUCUUAAUGGGGACGCUGACAGUGAAGGACAGGCGGACUUUGACAAGUCCUCCACCAUCCCGCGGCACAGUAACAUCGCUCAGAGCUAUCGCCGCAUGAUCCAAACCAAGAGGCCGGCCAGCACAGCGGGUCUGCCGGCAGGAAAGACCCUGCAGGGAACUCCAAACGGCUCAGGGGGGAGCAGCUCUGGAGCCAUUACCUCUGGGACCGCAACCAUCCGCCGAACACCAUCCUCAAAAACUGGAGUGAGACGCACGCCGUCUACGUCUGGCCCCAUUCCAAUUCGGCCCCCCAUCGUGCCAGUUAAGACUCCCACGGUGCCAGAUUCUCCGGGGUAUGCCAGCCCGUCUCAGCACCGUUCAGGCAGCGAGGAGUUUCUGUACAGUGACGACCCAGCAGCUGGUGACUACAUGCGGGCGUCUCCCAAGCGGAUGAGCCUCCCUGACACGUCCUGGGGGUGUGGAGGAGGGGGGGCAGACAGGACUGGUUACGCCCAGCAGGAUCCUUGCAUGGUCGCCCACAACGCUGAGGAGGACCCUCUGCUGGCUGCAAACCGCCACAGUCUGGUGGAGAAGAUAGGGGAGCUGGUGGCGAGCGCCCACGCCCUGGGGGAGGGUCAUUUCCCCUUCAGCAGCUCUUUGCCAGGCGAUGCGGCUCAGUGUGCACCUCAGGAGCCGUCCUCUGAGACUCAGGAGGACAUGGAUAUGCUGGUGUCGAUACGCCGCGGGGUGAAGCUCCGCAAGACAGUGACUGACGACAGGUCGGGUCCCAGGAUCCUGCGGUAGCUGAGGGAGCGGAGCAGCUGAUGUGCUCUUAUUUACAGACUGAAGCUUUGUAGUGAAACUCAGCAGCACUCAUGUGAGGCAUGAACUGAGGUACAACUGUCAAGUCAAGAAACAGUCAAAUAGGUUUCCAGCUUGUAAAAUAGUUUUGUAGCUGCAGAAAAAAAUAAUCUGUGCAUGUGUGAAAAAAGUUUUGAAGACAGUAUAUGUAUUCGUUCUUAAAAUGUGUGCAGGAAUAUUUUCAAUUAUUAAGUCUGAGCAUCAGAUACACAAAAGUCCUGAGUGUGCAUGAGAUCCUGAACUCACCAGCUGCAGACUUUUUUUCACUUGCAUGACUAACAGCCAUCAACAUGUUACCAAAUGGCCCAUUCUAUCCAAUUAGAGAAGGUCAAACUUUCCAAUCCGAGGGUGAGAAGGUCCGUGUCGCAGGGAAAGCGUCCGAGUUUCUGCCUAAUUGGAAAAUGAGCAUGUAGCAUGAAUAUACGGAGUGUGAGGAUCCUCUGACCUCACACUCCGAUAAAACUCACCAUGGUGGGUUCAUUUAUCAUGCUCUGGAAAUGAAGGCAAUGUCUUUGAAUAAAUUAAAGGAUGCUACUCUCAAAGUAAACAAUGAGCUGACCACAGCUACCGUUAACUGCAUCACCAUAAACAUGACAGCUACUCAUUCACAGAGAUGUACCUGUUAUUAAAUGUCCUGAGAGCAGACAGACUGACGCUAUCCUUAAAACCUGAAGCUUACAGGAUAUUUCUACAAAUACAAACCUUUGUCACAUAUGCACAAAAUAUUUCUACAUCUACACAACUUGUAUUCAAGCUGAGCUGAUAUCUGACUGUGAAUUGGCUCCAUAUAAAACAAAGAGGAUGUCAGAUGAGGUGAAUGAAGGUUCACAGAGUGAUGAUGAGUGACCAUGGACUAUGGCGAGUCUUUUCAUGUCAUGUAUGUAUAUUGCGUACGUACAAAGUAAUCCAUAUUUUCUUGGUUUUUAUUCUCUCUUUUGUUUAGUUUCUGUCUGUGCGUCUUUGCCCCCCGGUUGUUUUUUCAGCCCAUUUUGUCCCGUUAGGCCGAGUGUUGUCACUGCUGUAGGGAUGGAAUGCUCCGUGUGUCUUUGUUCUUGCUCUUAUGAUUAUUAUAAUAUUGUGUGUUUCUGGUUAACACCUGCAAAGUGAUGGGUGCAGUGCUCCGUGAGCCUGUCUGUAUGUUGUUUUCAUCAUUACUGUAUAAGUACCGUAUUACUGUUUUGUUUGAGAAGCUGGCCAGCAGCUGUGUAAGUCAUGUAAAUUAGGAGCAAUAUGGCAGUGUUUUUAUUGCUGUACUGUACUGUCGAUAUAUUCUGCUAUUAAACCGGCUUUUUACUGUUCAA